GCCAGCGCGCUGGGCUCGGGUGACACGUAAGUUGGGCGGCCUGCGGCGGGCGGUCUGUCAGUCAGCGAGCUCGGCCUCGGGCUCCGCGACCCCCGCGGGGGCAGCUGGCCCAGCCUCAGCCCCCAGCCCGCAGACCCCGCCCGGCGCCGGCUCCCUUUGUCGCCCGCACGCGCCCCCCCGCGCGGACCCCUCCCGGACUCCCGCCGCCGCGAGGGGGCGGAACUCUCCGAGCGCAGCCGGGCCGGGGCGCGGGCCCCCGCCAGUGGGCGAGGGGGCGCGGGGCCAGCGGCGCGUGGGGAAGUAUGCGGAGGGGCCCUCUCCGGGCCCGGGCUCCCGCGCGCGGAAGCCGGUCCCGCAAAAGUUUGUGGGCCUGGAGGGCGGCGCGCCCCGCGGUGCCGGGGGGCUGAGCCGGACCCCGCUUUUCUGUGUGGGGCCCGGGACGAUGGGGAACGGGCUGUGCUCGCGGCGGCAGAAGCGCGCGCUGCAGACGCUGCUGCUGCUGGCCGUGGGCUGCGCGCUGCUGUACGGCGCGGUGCUCUACCUCGAACUGCAGGCGCAGCUGCGCAGGGCCGAGGCGGCGGCACUCAAGCACCAGCAGCAUCAGGAGUCCCUGUCCGCCCAACUGCAAGUUGUUUAUGAACACAGAUCAAGAUUAGAGAAAUCCUUGCAAAAGGAAAGACUAGAACACAAGAAAGCAAAGGAAGAUUUUCUCGUUUAUAAAUUAGAAGCACAGGAAACACUAAAUAAAGGAAGGCAAGAUUCCAAUAGUAGAUACAGUGCAUUGAAUGUCCAGCAUCAGAUGUUGAAGAGUCAGCAUGAAGAGCUGAAGAAGCAGCACAGCGACCUGGAGGAGGAACAUCGCAGACAAGGAGAAGACUUCAGCAGGACAGUUAAUGACCAUAAGCAGAAGUACCUGCAGCUACAGCAAGAGAAGGAACAAGAGCUUUCCAGGUUCAAAGAAACCGUGUAUAAUCUGAGAGAAGAGAACAGACAGUUGAGGAAGGCACACCAAGACAUACACAUCCAGCUUCAAGAUGUCAAGCAACAGCAUAAGAAUUUACUCUCCGAGCAUGAACAGCUUGUGGUGACUUUGGAAGACCACAAGAGUGCGCUAGCUGCUGCACAGACUCAAGUUGCCGAAUACAAACAGCUGAAAGAUACCCUCAACCGGAUCCCAAGCUUUCGAAAACCAGACCAAGCAGAGCAGCAGAAUGUCACCCAGGUGGCUCGGUCCCCACCAGGUGACAGCGUGGCCAAGGAGAUUCCCCCUGGACACCCACAGGAGGUCGCUCCAAAUGACCAUGCGUGGCAGCCCCGAAAGGCAGCUCCUGGGAGGACAGAAGAGCCUCGGCGACCCUCUCCUCACACCCUUCGGGACACAGAACUUGAGGCUCCUGCAGAGCUAAGACAGAGGGAACCCGAGGAUGCCAGAGAGCCAGAGGAGCGGCAGGUGGAGGAGGAGCACAGGAAGGCCCUGGAGGAGGAGGCCAUGGAGCAGGUCGGGCAGGCCGAGCACCUGCGGGAGGAGCAGGACCCCUCCCUAGAGGAGCAGGAGCGGGAGUGGAGGGAGCAACCCCCGGCGGCCAGAGCAGGAGCCCACCUCCGAGAAGGACCCGCUCAUGCUGAGGCGUAUCCUUCCACUAGUUCACCCCAGAUGCGCUCCGCUUACGAGGAGCAGCUGGAACAGCAGAGGCUAGAGGCGCAGCACGCGGAGGAGGCGCGGCGGCUGCGCGAGCACCAGGAGGCGCUGCACCAGCAGAGGCUGCGGGGACACCUGCUCCGCCAGCAGCAGCAGCAGCAGCAGCAGCAGCAGCAGCAGCAGCAGCAGGAGCUUGUCACGGGGGAGAGAGCCUGGCAGAGACAGGCCACGCCUCAGCAGCUAAGGCAGGAAGCUCGUUACGAACCAGUGGACAAUGAUAUUGUUCAGGGAGCAGAAGACCAGGCCAUCCAGGAAGAAGAAGGAGGAGCUUAUGAGAGAGACAACCAGCACCAAGAUGAGGCAGAAGAAGAUCCAGAUAAUGGACAUGAGUCUCAGGAACAAGAGGCCCACAAACCUGACCCUGAAUCCGAGGCAGACAGGGCAGCUGUCGAAGAUCUAAACCCGGCAGAUGACCCGAAUAACCAAGGCGAAGAUGAAUUUGAGGAAGCCGAGCAAGCGAGGGAAGAAAAUCUAGCCGAUGAAAACCAAGAGCGCAGAGCAGGGGCUCACAAGCAAGAGCAGGCAGAGGUGGAGGAGCAUUUGGUGAUGGCAGGAAACCCAGACCAGCAGGAGGACAACGUCGAUGAACAGUACCAAGAGGAGGGAGAUGAGGAGGUUCAGGAAGAUUUGACUGAAGAUAAAAAAAGGGAGUUGGAGCACAAUGCUGAAGAGACCUAUGGCGAAAAUGUUGAAAAUGCUGAUGGUAAGAACCGUGAUGGAGAAGAGCAAGAAGCUCGUGAUGCCAACCGCCCCAAAAGCCAAGACACAAACUACGAGGAGGAAGAAGAGGAAGAAGACGGGGCCGCACCAGCUGAGAAAUCACAGCGCAGGGCUGAAAUGUAGCUGUGCCCAGCUUCUCCCAGGUGCUGGGCCAACGAAAUCUACCCCUGCCCCUGCUCAAAAGCAGAUCUGCCUGCCCACUGAACUCUAGGAUAUUUAAUUACAAAAAUGAAGAACUUAAACCUUUCCUUUUUUUUUUUUAACUUUUGUAUUAGAAAUGCUCAUACAUUUAUAUGAAGAUAUUUUGAUAACCUAGGUUAGAGCUUCUUUUAUAUUUGAGCUAAAUGGGAACAAGAAAAAAAACCUGACAGCAGACAUGAGGCUCAGAAUCUCUUUUUUUUUUUUUUUUAAUAGAUGAUGCGCUGUUGGAAAGGACACAGAUUCUGUGGAUGUCUCAACUUUCCUAACCUUUUUUUGAUCAUGUUUUCAUGUGUUCGGUUGUUUGCCUUUGAUAAGCGUGUGUGCAUGCGCACACACACACACAGACAGGAUUUUAAAAUAGGGAAUUCUGUGCAAAACUGUAAGGAGAAUGACUGGCAUAGUCAUCGCUGCCCUUCAGGUGUGUUCGUACAUAAUUCUGAUAGAAGAUUCACCUGUCUGUGUGUCCCCUGUCCUAGGAUUCACAUGUAGAAUAAAAUAUGAUCUGAAAGGGUUUUUCUUAAUAUGUAAAGACAAUUUUUUAGACACACGAAAUCAUUUGGAAAUGUUUGAUUUCACUUAAAAAUCACAACAGUUCUUGUUUAAAAGGAAGAUUAUUAAAAUUAGGUAGCAUCAAAAGUCAGUAUUAUUCUGUUCAGUUUUAUUCUGGGCAUCUGUAUUUCAGUAUUCGAACAAGGUAGACCAUAAUAUAGCAGUGUCUUGACUUUUCUUGAAGACUUGUCAUGUGAGUGCUCACUCUGAAACCUUUUUUUUCAGAAGUCAGGUGGGUAUCCUGUUUUUGUGUCUUUCUAUGGAAAUAAAUAGUUUGCCCACUUCACUCUGUGCCUCAAUCUGGGUGACCAGUAAGAAUAUGAAGGCAAACCAAACUAUACAAUUAAGUAGGGACAUAUUUGAAGCUACAGUGAGAUACACAUGGUCAUGUGCUAAACAUUCAUGAGUUCUUUCUUAUUGUAUUACUAAUUUUCUUGUUGCCACCAGGGUUAUUACUGAGGUUCAGUGCCUACAGAACAAAUCCACUGCUCUUGGUGGCCUUUAAUUUUAUUGAUAGAGACAGAAAGAAAUUCAGAGGGAAGGAGGAGAUGAAGAGAGAAACAGAGAGAUGCCUGUAGCCCUGCUUCACCACUGGUGAAGCUCUCCCCCUGCAGGUGGGAACUGGGUCUUGAACCUGGGUCCUUAUGCCUGGCAACAUGUGUGCUCUAUGUGGUGCUCCACCUCCCAGCCCCCCUCAUAAUUUCAGUUUUCACUUUUGUAUGGAUGUGAUUUUAAUUUUUAAUAACCACACUCAUGUAUGGUUUUGAUUAUCCCAGUUGGGUGGCCAUGUAUGAAUGAACAGGGGUGUUUUAUUCAAAUGUAUUUGGAUUUUUUCAAUAAUCAUAAGUCAAAGAUUAAUGUGUAAAAAGCCUUUAUGAAAUGUAAAAUGUAUAAUAUUGUACAUAAUAAUCAGAAUACAAUUAUUUUGGUAAAUUAGUUUGUAUUUUUAAUGUUCCUGUUGCAGUAUUUAAUUAUUUGAAAUAUAUUGAAACUUGGUAAUAGUCAAUAAAGCUAUAAAAAAAAGCAAA